AUUAACGUAAUAUAUUCUAUGUUCUAUGUCUAUGGGCUUGGGUGUAAAACUAAAGUAAAUAAACACAUUUGAGAUAAACUAAAAACAAAGACUAGACUAGUAAUCUGUGCUGAAAACUUGGCAGAAUUAUUCCCUCAAGUACUCAAGUGAUAUUUUAUUCUAGUUUUUCCUAUUUGGCAACUAAUUCUACAUAUGAAAUUGGAUUAUAAUCAUGCAAAAGUAUGAGAAGCUAGAAAAAAUUGGCGAAGGUACCUAUGGGACUGUUUUCAAAGCAAAAAAUAGGGAAACUCAUGAAAUAGUAGCUCUUAAAAGAGUUCGUCUAGAUGACGACGAUGAGGGAGUUCCAUCAUCAGCUCUGAGAGAAAUAUGCCUACUCAAAGAACUGAAACAUAAAAAUAUAGUUCGUCUUUAUGAUGUUCUACAUAGUGAUAAGAAACUUACCUUGGUAUUCGAACAUUGUGACCAAGAUCUUAAAAAAUAUUUUGAUAGUUUGAAUGGAGAUAUAGAUCCAGAUAUUGUAAAAUCGUUUAUGUUCCAAUUACUGCGAGGUUUAGCAUUUUGCCAUAGUCAUAAUAUAUUACAUAGAGAUCUUAAACCCCAAAAUUUAUUGAUCAAUAAAAAUGGGGAAUUGAAAUUAGCAGAUUUUGGCUUAGCAAGAGCUUUUGGCAUACCUGUUAAGUGUUAUUCGGCAGAGGUAGUAACUCUAUGGUAUCGUCCACCAGAUGUUUUAUUUGGAGCAAAAUUGUAUACAACAUCAAUUGACAUGUGGUCGGCGGGUUGUAUUUUUGCAGAACUUGCUAAUGCAGGUAGGCCAUUAUUCCCAGGUUCUGAUGUCGAUGAUCAAGUGAGAAGGAUAUUUAAAUUAUUAGGAACUCCUACAGAAGAAACCUGGAGCGGCAUGAACCAAUUACCAGAUUACAAACCUUUUCCAUUAUAUCAACCUAACAUGAGCAUGUCUCAGGUUGUUCCUAAGUUGGGCAGCAGAGGUAGAGAUUUACUUCAACAUCUACUGGUAUGUAACCCUUCAGGAAGGAUGUCAGCUGAAGAUGCAAUGACACACAACUAUUUCACAGAUCUCAACCCAAGUAUUAAAAAUGAUAGGUGCGAUCGAACUUGAACAUACAGACUUCAUUUAAAAUCAUGAAGUUAUCACGUUUUGUAAGCAGUCUUCAUAUAUUUCCAAGAUAAAAUUAUAUUCAAAUACUUUUACAUGAUUAAUUCUUCGAUAAUUCAUUGCAUCAUUGAAAUAAUUCUAUGAUUGGAUUCUUUUAUUUUUAUUGAAUACUAUUUCACCUAUGAAAAAUGUUGGGAAACACCUGCGUUUGUAAUUUUACUCUAGUCAAUUUUUUAUGAUUGUAUAUUUUCAUCUGUAAUGCUUUCAAGUUCUUUGCCAAAUUCUAUAUAUAUAUACUCAUUACACACACAAUAUCUCAACACAGCAAACCAAAAAACUGAUUUUUUUUAGGUUUUCUCAGCUAUGUUAACCCACCAUUCAAUUAUAUUCCUUGUUUUCAA